AUGAAACCCACCGUUUUCAUAGGGGUGGCUUUGACUCUAUCACGCCCAAUUGCAGCGGAUUGGCAAUUUAAGUCCCGUUCGGACCUUGCGCCACCAAGGCUAAACAUUACCAUUCCGGCGACCAAGGAUGUUGAAAAGGGGUAUUUGUUCGUUGCCCCUUUUGCAGGUUUCCCUGACACCCCUACGGAACAACAUGGACCCAGACAGGCAGGUCCAUAUAUCUUCCGCGAUAACGGCGACUUGAUUUGGUCUGGCUAUGGCAUCUAUAGCAUCUGGUCAACGAACUUCCAAGCGAGCCGCUGGAGAGGCAAAGAUAUUCUCUUCAGCUUCGAAGGGGAUCAUAAUCCAGGCUACGGUCAUGGGCACGGUCAUAUUACCAUAAUGGACAAUCAUUAUGAGACUAUCCGCGAACUUCGAGCUGGCAACCACAAGCUUGUGGACAAGCAUGAGUUCCAUGUUGUCAAUGAGGAGACGGGUCUUAUCCAAAUUUAUCAACCAGUUGCUCGUGACCUGACGAAUUGGGGCGGGAGCACAGAGCAACAGUGGAUUGUCAAUUCUAUAAUCCAAGAACUUGAUAUUGCUACUGGCAAAUUAUUGUUCGAGUGGGCAAGUUUAGAUCACGUUUCACCCGAUGAGGCCAUUCUUCCCCUCAAUCCUGGUCAAGCCGGCUCUGGUUUCAACAGUUCCGAUGCCUGGGACUAUUUCCAUAUUAACAGCGUUGACAAGGAUUCAGACGGCAAUUACCUCAUAUCAGCACGAGAUGCGUGCAGCAUCCAUAAGAUCAACGGGACCGAUGGAAGUAUCAUCUGGAAGCUAGACGGCAAGGAUAGCUCUUUCAACGUACCCAAGGAGGCCAAAUUCUGUUUCCAACAUCACGCGCGAUUCAUCAGCCAAGAAGAUGAUGUUGAAAUCAUUAGUCUUUACGAUAAUAGUGCUCAUGGAACCGAGCAUGGAGGUGGAUCCGAAGUUCAUACAGCGCCGACUAGUAGUGGGAAGAUAAUCAAGGUGAACACUACAUCAUGGGAGGCCGAAUUAGUACAAGCUUUCUUCCCGCCAGACGACCUCCUAUCCAAAUCGCAGGGUUCUACUCAGACGCUUCCGAAUGGAAAUGCGCUCGUAAACUGGGGGUCUUCGGGAGCAGUGACCGAGUAUCUGUCUGAUGGAACACCAAUUUUCCAUGCUUACAUGGACUCAGACUACCUUGGUCUAGGUGUUGAAAACUACCGCGCAUUUCGUUACAACUGGACUGGUAUUCCCAACGAAGAACCUGCUAUUGUGGCACUCAGGAACGAGGAAGGUCUUACAGCAUACGUCAGUUGGAAUGGAGACACCGAGACCAAAACGUGGAGGUUUUAUGCUUCGACAGAUGAUUAUGGAUCUAAAGAGUUCCUAGGCGAGGCGACCAGGACAAGCUUCGAGACGUCAAUUCGAAUCCAGGACGUAAAUAUCGGUGGAAUUUCCGCGGAGGCGAUCGACGGCAAUGGAAGGUCGCUACGAAACACGCGUGUAGCUUUUGUGGAACAAGAAACUAAGCCUGGGGGUAAACCGACUCAAGUUUCUAUACAGAAAGCCACGACCGAGAAGACAAUCGUAAAGCCCAACAGCCGCUGGGAAGGAUAUGGCAUCUUGAAGUAUUUCCGGUCUUUUACCAACGAACUCUGAGCCAACAAUUGUCAAAAAAGCGGUAUGUUGGUGUUAUUUGAACGAACGACGUCGGACCCCUCUCAUACCAAUUCUUCUCUCCUUUCAUUAACAAGAAUUUCUGCACCCAUGGUGGGAUCGCAACAUGAUACCGCACUCUGUAUUUAAGCCUUGAGGAUUGCCACACUCGUUUGACGAUUGAUCCCAACUGACCUUAAUACACUCAUUGAAACAAUAUUUCUAGGCGCAUAAGAGAAUACAGACUAUUGAUAUGGGGCUUGGUGACACUUAUAGCAUCAUUGCUACCCACCAUAAUGUCCAUUGUUGUCUUAUGUUAAAUGGUGGUAGCUGGGAUGCAACGCUGUAAAUACGAUCCAGCCUAUCACAUAGAAAUAAUGAUCAUUCCCACGAUCUCAUAUUCAACAGUAUUCGGCCGUCGAUCAUACUUCUUUGAGUUUAUAGGGAACCCGAUUAGAUUAAGGAGAAAUAAGCUGACCUUGAGUGGGAAUAGCUGAUGCCCAUCAUUGACCACAUUUCAAGCGUGGCUGGCCUCAUCUUCAGCCCACUGCCCACUUAAUAUGUACCGAUGUAUGAGCAUAGCCCUCUCCUAAUUACCUAACGUUCACCAUUAUUGAUGGCGAUCUUGGUGGAAUAAUGAAAUUAAG